CUCGUCUUGACAAAAUCGAGAACGCCCACCGCGCUCGUCCAGACAGCACGCCUCGUGCUGUCCAUUCGGGCAGGGAUCCCGCCUGGGCCGCGCUCGGGCCCCAGCCGGCCCGCGCCGUGCACCUCCGCGGCCGUAUGGGCUCGACGCAACGUGCGGCCUGCCCGCGUUCCGCGGCGCUACCUUCUGUGUACCGAGACCCGACUUCCUUCCGUCCAGGAGCCCCAGCCGCCAUGGCUGUGACGAGGGUGUGGCGGGCCGUCUUGGCGGCCGCCCUUGCUGCCACCACGGCGCUCUCGCUGGCGGUCACCUCGGAGGUGGCCCACCACCCGACCGCGGCGGCGGCCUGCUCCACGUGCAAGUCCUACUACCCGGACGCGGCGUGCUCGGCCGGCGACUGCGGCGACGGGAGCGGGGAGUACUGCUGGUGCCCCUCGGCGUGCCCGAACUUCACGCCGUGCUGACGCGCCAGGGCGCGCGCGCGCAGCCACGGCGCCUCGGCGUGCCCGUGGCGACCCACCAAGCGCGGGGCGCCGGCCAGGGGGCCUCCACGUACGCUCGGCCGCCUCAGGGGCAUCGCCACACGCGAGCGCAGCCAGCGGACGUCCGUGGGCGGGCCCUGGAAGCUCCGAAGAACAACAAUUGUCAUGUCAUGUGUUUCGUGUUGUUUUUCUGUCGGCUCCCUGAAGCAACGGUGCGUGCAGCCUGAGCCAGGACCGUCAUAGGUCGCCUCCCACAUUUCGAUGCCCCUGGCUCCUGGCGGCAGCGCUGGCGAUGUCCGAGGCAAAAAGCGUCAGCGCGUGUUUCGACGUCACGCAUCAGCGCAAUGACGUUGAGUUGCUGUCCUUGCACACCUCGACCACCGAUGCGCAGCGACUGUCCGCCGCCUCGCAGCGUGCAUCAUGCAAGACUUCUCGGUGCAUGGAUUCAUGAGGUCUACAGCUAAUUAUGUUGCUGCUGCCGCGGGCUCACCCGGUCCCGUCGGCUCGACCCGCGCGCUCUGGCUUCGCUCAC